AUGUCUUUCGAGUACGGCCAAUUCCCGAACCCUCAGCAGGAGGGUGUGCCGGGUCAAGUUCCUCCACCUCAAGACGGCGCUGCUCCAGGCCAGCCAACCGACCCUUCUGGGCAGCAGCAACUUGCCUUCCAAAGCCCAGACGGGAAUGGAGCGCCUCAGGGCGGUCCAGGAGGCGACCAGAAGACCACUCUCUGGAUGGGUGAGCUUGAACCCUGGAUCGACGAGAACUUUGUCCGCAACCUGUGGUUCCAAAUGGGUGAACAAGUCAGUGUCAAGAUGAUUCGCGACAAAUUUUCUGGUAGCAACGCUGGUUAUUGCUUUGUCGACUUUUCUUCUCCUCAGGCAGCUGCCAAGGCGCUUCAGCUCAGCGGUCAGCCCAUGCCCAACUCCACCCGGCCUUUUAAACUCAACUGGGCUACGGGUGGUGGCCUGGCCGAUCGACGAGACGACCGUGGUCCCGAGUACUCCAUCUUCGUCGGUGACCUGGGCCCCGAGGUCAACGAAUACGUUCUUGUCUCCCUCUUCCAGAGCCGUUUCCCCUCUUGCAAGUCAGCCAAGAUCAUGACCGAUCCUCUUUCUGGCAUGUCGCGCGGUUACGGAUUCGUCCGCUUCUCCGACGAGAGUGACCAGCAGCGUGCUCUGACCGAGAUGCAGGGUGUCUACUGUGGCAACCGCCCGAUGCGCAUCUCCACUGCCACUCCUAAGAACAAGGGAUUGCCAAUGGGAGGUGGUGCCAACAUGGGCAUUCCAGGUCCCAUGGCAUACCCACCGAUGGGAGGGCCGCCAAUGCCGUAUUACGGACAACAGCAGCAGAGCCCCCAACCCAUGAACCAGUUCACCGACCCGAACAAUACCACUGUCUUUGUUGGAGGGUUGUCUGGCUAUGUCACAGAGGACGAGCUGCGUUCGUUUUUCCAGGGGUUUGGAGAGAUCACCUAUGUGAAGAUCCCCCCGGGCAAAGGCUGCGGGUUUGUUCAGUUUGUCCAACGCCAUGCUGCGGAAAUGGCGAUCAAUCAGAUGCAGGGCUAUCCUAUUGGGAACUCGCGCGUUCGUUUGAGUUGGGGACGAAGCCAGAACAAUUCCGGUCCCGCUGGCACUCCCUACCGCCCAGCGCCUCCUCCACCGAUCUACCCGGCCAUGGGCAUGCCUCCCGCCCACUCAUACGGCAGCUAUGCGCCGAUGAAGGUUGGUGCGACCCCUGUUGGAUGA